CGGUGACGACGCCUGCGCAGUGUGAGCGGGAUGGCGCAUUUUCCUGCACCGAGUAAUGCGGUGCUGCCGACGGCUGAGGAGGGCGGAGAGUUCUGUGGUGAAGUAGGGGGACAGAUCCAUGUAGGCGACAGGAAGCGCCUUGACCUGAACAAUAAAGUGGGAAAUUGGUACUGGAUACUGCUGCUCCCGGACCUGCGGCGUGAAACUUGUGGUACCGUCGUUUACCCGUCAGCUUUGAAAUUUAAAAACAAUGGAGAAGACUCAAGAAGCAGCCCAAAGAAUUCUUCUUGAACCUUACAAGUACUUACUUCAGUUACCAGGGUCUGCCAUUGAGAAACAUGGCAUUGUUUCUCCUGCACUCUACCCAUCUCUUGCUGGACUUCUUUUUGUAACAAGUUGUCAAAUGCUGGCUGGAACUGGGCUACCACAAAGCGUGCCAGUUAUCAGUGCUGACAAGAGUCUAACAGAGUGUCUUCCUGCUCUGCUACUGUGCAAAGUAAACAAGUGAGAACCAAACUUUCACAAGCAUUUAAUCACUGGCUAAAAGUGCCAGAAGACAAGCUACAGAUUAUCAUUGAAGUGACGGAAAUGUUGCAUAAUGCCAGUUUACUCAUUGACGAUAUUGAAGACAACUCAAAACUCCGACGUGGCUUUCCUGUGGCACACAGCAUCUAUGGAAUUCCAUCUGUCAUCAAUUCUGCGAAUUAUGUGUAUUUUCUUGGCCUAGAGAAAGUCUUGACCCUUGAUCACCCAGAUGCAGUAAAGCUUUUUACCCACCAGCUUUUGGAACUCCAUCAGGGACAAGGACUAGAUAUUUAUUGGAGGGAUAACUAUACUUGUCCCACUGAAGAAGAAUAUAAAGCCAUGGUGCUACAAAAGACAGGUGGACUAUUUGGAUUAGCUGUAGGUCUCAUGCAGUUGUUCUCUGAUUACAAAGAAGAUUUAAAGCCACUCCUUAAUACACUUGGGCUCUUUUUCCAAAUUAGGGAUGAUUAUGCUAAUCUACACUCCAAAGAAUAUAGUGAAAACAAAAGUUUCUGUGAAGAUCUAACAGAGGGCAAGUUCUCAUUCCCUACUAUUCAUGCUAUUUGGUCGAGGCCUGAAAGCACCCAGGUGCAGAAUAUCUUGCGCCAGAGAACAGAAAACAUAGAUGUUAAAAAAUACUGUGUACACUAUCUUGAGAAUGUAGGUUCUUUUCAGUAUACUCGGAGUACUCUUGAAGAGCUUGAAUCUAAAGCCUAUAAACAAAUUGAUGCACGUGGAGGGAACCCUGAGCUAGUAGCUUUAAUAAAGCACUUAAGUAAAAUGUUCAAAGAGAAUGAAUAAUAUUAAGCCAUUCUUGACUAGGCCUCAUGGGUUAUUUUAGUUGAUUAUUUUUUGUCUUUUAGCCAAUCACCCUUUUUUAAAAUUUUGACUGAACUUAAUCCUCAAAAGUUGAGUGGAUAGGGAUGAUGUGAGUGAGUUGUUUGGAUUUAGAAUCCCUCUGUACAGAUAAUCAUCAUAGUGCAAAAAUAAAAGAAUCAAAGGAGCAACAUUUAAAUAGGUCUAGUUUGAAUGUCAAAUUUGUGCUAUGUUGGGACCUCGUGGCCAGUCAGCCACAAAUGUUCUGUUAAUUCUGUCAAUAAAGAAGACUUGAGCUUCUGGGAAUCUUUAUCCAUAUACUUCCAAAUUGUACUGUGUCAGCAGUUCCCAAUUCCUCUACCCCAGGUCUAAGCCCUCAGUGGGACCAGUUUUAUAGCUUAGCUGGCCCAAAGAUUUCAGGGACUCUUUCUUCCUAAGUGUUGCUGCUUAAAAUAUCUGCCUUAUCUCUGGAAAUUCCCUCACUAAAGUCUUAAGAAGGCUGAUAGUGAUAAGCAGUAAGACUCUGGUCUUCCUUCUUACCCCCUUACCUUUCCUCCUUCUCCCUAAUUAGCAAAUUCUGCUCUUCAACCAAGGAGUGUCCACGUAACAAAAUACAUUAUAUGGUGACCGAAUUCUUUUUUCCUUAUAACAUAGUUUGUGCUCCAAAACUAAUUAGUGUCCUGGGUACAGCAAUUUUUUUCCAUUUGAGGAAAAAGAGUACUUGGAACAAGUAUUUUCAGAAGGAGGCUCUAACCCUUUUUAUAUUUUCCCAUCAGUAGUAAAAGCCAUAAAAGCUGUUUGUUCACCUCAAAUAUAAAAGCAGGGGGACAUCAUCUCCUUCCCACCCACAUCACUACCCCCCUUGAAGGCAAUUGGUGCUUGAAUGGAAAGGGAAGUAGGCAUCAUUAAUCUCUGAUUAAAGGAAAGAAAAAGGUUAACCUGAGAUCCAGUGCCUGACUAAAAAGUAGUCAAAGGCUACACUAUGAAGCACUAGUGAGCUUGUAGUGCCUUAACCCUAACUCUCCAUCCCUUUUGUGUAAUUUCUAGCUCCAAGCUCCCAUCUGUGGCUCCAGGUAAGAAAACACAGACCCUGAUACCUGUGAUAGAAGUGUUGCUGGCAUCCCAAAAUGACAAUUUGUAUUUCUCAGAAACAUUGCAUUUUACUUGAUUGGUUCUAUAGUGUAUAAUCUCAGAUCUAAUCAAUCACCAUGUACUAGUAUGAGAAAUUCUCAUUGAAGCUUUCAACCUAAAUCUUUUGAAAACUUGGGUAUUGCCUUUAACUUUUAAAGUAAUUUGAAUCUUCCAUUUUGGUAGAGACAAGGAAACCUUUUAAAAUCAUGAGUAUUUGUGACUACACUUGGGAAAUUGGAGCUUUGUGGUUAUGAACCCUUAACUUUAAGCUUGAUGAUUAUUCAGUGAUAAUUCAAAAAGAUCUAAUGCUAACUGUAUAAACAAAAUACCUUUAAAUGAAGAUUGCUUUAGUAGAUUACUCCUUUUCUAAUCAAAUUGAUUUUGGCCUUGUGCUAUUCAUGAUUUUGUCAUUUUUAUCUUGCCUUUGUCAAUGACAGAAAUAACUUGACAUUGAAUUGGUGACUUACAGUCAUUUUAUCUAUUGAAUAAUCAAAAAUCUCACAGUUGUUACUACAGAAGAAACCAGAAUAUAAUGGUUUAAUAAAAUUAUCAAUUUAUCUCUUA